AUGAAGGCCCUUUACGCCCUCCUCACCCUGGCCCUCUUUGCGGCGGCCGCCUCCGCCAAUGUGCACCACGAGCAGCUCCGCGUUCCCCUGAUCCAGAACCACGAGGCCGAGAUCAUCCCCGGGAAGUACAUUGUCGUCUUCCGCCCGGACAUCUCCGUGGCCGAGGCUCGCGUCUUCUCGGACUCCCUCAACAUCGGCGGCCGGCGCUUCGUCAACAUCGGCCGCGAGUUCAAGGCCGUCUCCGGCGACAUUCCCGAGGACCUGCUGAACCGCAUCCGCGCCCGCUCCGACCUGGUGGACUACAUCGAGGCCGACCAGAUUGCCCGCAUCGACGCCGUCACCCAGGAGAACCCCACCUGGGGCCUGGACCGCAUUGACCAGCGCGCCCUGCCCCGGGACUUCCGCUACAGCUACUACAACCACGGCGGCUCCGGCGUCAACGUCUACGUCAUCGACACCGGCAUCAACCACUCGCACAUCGACUUCGGCGGCCACGCCUCCCACGGCUACAACUUCCACGACAACAACAACAACGCCAAUGACGACAACGGCCAUGGUACCCAUUGCGCCGGCACCAUCGGCAGCUACACCUGGGGCGUGGCCAAGAAUGCCGCUCUCAUCAGUGUCCGUGUGCUGGGCAGCUCCGGCUCCGGCAACAUGUCCAAUGUGGUGGCCGGUGUGGCCUGGGUGGCCGAGCGCCACAAGCAGGCCUUCCGCAAGAAGACCAUCGCCUCCAUGUCCCUCGGCAGCGAUGCCUACCGGUCGCUGGAUGAUGCUGUCGUCGCCGCCAUCAAUGCCGGUGUGUCGGUCAUUGCCGCUGCCGGCAAUGAGAACCGCGACGCCUGCAAGGCCUCCCCGGCCCGCGUCGGCCCGGCGGUCACCGUGUGCGCCUCCGACGCCUCGGACAAGCGCGCCUCCUUCUCCAACUUCGGCUCCUGCACCGACAUCUUCGCCCCCGGUGUGUCCAUCACCUCCACCUGGAUCGGCUCCAACACCGCCAUCGCCACCCUCUCCGGUACCUCCAUGGCCACCCCCCAUGUGGCCGGUGUGGCUGCCCUCAUGCUCGGCCAGUCUGGCGCCCUGAGCCCGGCCACCGUCAAGAACAACCUCAUCAACCAGUCCACCAAGAAUGUUGUCACCGAUGUCAAGGGGUCCCCCAACCGUCUGCUCUUCUCUCCCUUCGCCUAA